AUGACUAGCCUAGUACUAUAUACUGUCCAACAUCUAGCUAAAAGAGCUUUGCUUGAUGAUUCAGAUAAUUCUCCAGAUUUAACAAACCCCGACGAUGACCACUUGGACGACUCCAACCCCGUGGAGAACGAGAUAUUCUCAUCGUGGGCUUUGUUCAUAUUGCUAUUUCUUCUUAUGAGCGCUUUGUGGUCGUCAUAUUUCCUACAACAAAGAAGAAUCAAGGCUGUUCACGAAACAGUUUUAUCUAUAUUUUGCGGAAUGAUUGUUGGCUUGAUCAUCAGAUUACUGCCAGGCCACUACAUACAAAAUGCUGUCAAAUUCAACCCCGGUUAUUUUUUCAACAUUUUGUUACCGCCCAUUAUUUUAAACAGUGGCUAUGAGUUGCAUCAAGCAAAUUUUUUCAGAAAUAUUGGUAGUAUCUUGACAUUUGCAAUACCUGGAACAUUCAUAUCCGCAUUGGUUGUUGGAAUAAUUAUAUACGUAUGGACUUCAAUCGGAUUGGAUAACAUGAAACUUGAGUUUGUUGAUGCCUUGGCUGUGGGAGCAACCUUGUCAGCAACAGACCCAGUAACGAUCCUCUCGAUAUUUAAUGCUUACAAGGUGGAUCCCAAAUUGUAUACUAUCAUAUUCGGCGAGUCCUUGCUCAAUGACGCAAUUUCUAUCGUUAUAUUCGAAACGUGUCAGAAGUUCCACGGUCAUCCAGUCAGGUUUUCGUCUUUGUUUGAAGGUUUUGGUUUGUUUUUAAUGACAUUCACCAUUUCAACUAUUAUUGGAAUAUUGAUAGGUAUCUUGGUGGCGUUGAUUUUGAAGCAUUCACGUAUCAGAAGAUAUCCGCAAAUCGAAACAUGUUUAGUGUUGUUAUUCGCUUAUGAAUCGUACUUUUUUUCAAAUGGUGCACACAUGUCAGGUAUUGUAUCGUUAUUAUUUUGUGGAAUCACUUUAAAGCAUUACGCCUACUAUAAUAUGUCAAGACGAACUCAAAUUGCUACAAAGUAUGUUUUUCAAUUGCUAGCUCAAUUGUCGGAAAAUUUCAUUUUUAUUUACCUUGGAUUAUCCUUAUUUACUGAAGUUGAACUUGUAUUUAAGCCAAUGUUGAUUAUUGUAGCGUUCAUCUCCAUUUGUGUUGCCAGGUGGUCAGCGGUUUUUCCCUUAUCAAGAUUUUUGAACUUUUUGUACAGAGCUCGCGUUAAAAAGUAUAGUGGUCUUUCCUCCAAUGUGAAUAACAUCAACAGCAUCAACAGCCUCAAUGGUGGUCUCAACAUACCAGAUGAAAUUAGCCACUCUUACCAAAUGAUGAUUUUUUGGGCAGGUCUUCGAGGAGCAGUUGGUGUUGCCUUGGCCAUGGGAUUCAAAGGCGAAACAAAGUGGACCUUAUUAGCAACCGUUUUAGUUGUUGUUGUGUUAACCGUUAUUCUUUUUGGAGGCACUACUGCCUCGAUGUUGGAAAUUUUGGGUAUAAAAGUUGGUUGUGUUGAUGAAGGUGCCGAAUCGGACGACGAGUUUGACAUAGAAGCUCCAAGAUUACAAUCGCAUCCCGUACUGCUGCCAAUUGUUUUAGGGAACAGACGGUUUACAAAAACACCACGGAUCAGCCCGUUCAAUGACAAUGUAACUAGUAGAAAUGCGUCUGUAAGUAAUCUACUCGAUGGUGAAUCUAAUCCGAAUGUGGAUACAGAGGAUGAUGACGAGUUUGGCGGAAGCGACAUGGACAAUUUUAUAUCAGAUACUACUAAAGGAGGAGGAGGACCAGGAGGAGGAGCAGGAGCAGGUAAUAGCACAUAUGAUGGAACAACCUCCAGCGAUAGAGGAGGGGUGUUUGGUUCAUUCUUGAGCGCCGAAGAGCAUGCAAAGUGGUUUACACGAUUUGACGAAGAGGUUCUCAAACCAGUUCUUUUGGAUACAUUACCUGGCACGCAAACAAGUAAUAACAAUAGCUCUAAUAACCUAACCAACAGCCGAAAAGAUUAA